CUGGCUCAAAUGGCUGGAGGGGCGGGUCUUCCCUUGGCUUUCCCGAGGGGGCAAUGUGCCUCCUGCCUGCGCUCCAGCAACUGAAAUGAGCGCACAGACAGCUGCGGAUUUCUUACGACCCUUGUAGAUCUCCAUCCCCGACAGCAGAGAUGAGCCUCAUUCAUUCCUGCUUCCUUGCCCUCUUGUUGUUCCUGGGUGUGGAUGGCAGAGAGAAGCGACAGUCAGCAGCUGUCACAGCCCGAAGAAAUGAAAUUGAUAGUCAAGCAGCCUUCCUCAGGAGCGCGUGCCAUAACAAGCCGCUGGAUCUGGUGUUUAUCAUCGAUAGCUCUCGCAGUGUACGUCCUGCUGACUUUGAGAAAGUGAAGGAAUUUCUUAUCACCAUGUUGAAAUUCCUAGACAUCGGCCCGGACACCACAAGGGUUGGACUCCUACAGUAUGGCAGCACCGUAAAAAAUGAGUUUUCUUUAAAGAUGUACAAGAGGAAAUCUGACAUUGAGAGAGCCGUGAAAAGAAUGAUGCAUUUGGCCACUGGCACCAUGACCGGACUGGCUAUCCAGUAUGCCAUGAACAUUGCCUUCUCUGAAGCUGAAGGGGCACGGCCCUUAAACCAAUAUGUGCCUAGAAUUGCCAUGAUUGUGACAGACGGGAGGCCACAGGAUCCAGUAGAGGAAAUUUCAGCCAAGGCUAGGAUGUCUGGGAUUCUCAUCUUUGCCAUUGGGGUCGGGCGAGUUGAUAUGAGCACUUUAAAAACCAUUGGAAGUGAACCGCACAGCGAGCAUGUGUUUUUGGUGGCAAAUUUUAGCCAAAUUGAAACACUGACGUCUGUCUUCCAGAACAAACUAUGUGCCCCACAUCUCUGUAGCACAGCCAUACAUGGUUGUGAUCACUUUUGUAUCAAUACGCAAGGCUCCUACAUUUGUCAGUGCAAGCAAGGAUACGUUCUGAAUCCUGAUGAGAAGACAUGCAGCACUCAGGACCUAUGUGCCACCGAGAAACAUGGCUGUGAGCAAAUCUGCGUCAAUACGCCAGGAUCUUAUUUGUGCCAGUGCUAUGAAGCCUAUGAAUUGGCCAGAGAUGGGAAAUCCUGUACAGUUUCAGACUAUUGUGCCUUGGGUAAUCAUGGCUGCCAACAUGAAUGCAUUAAUGUUAACGACUCCUAUGUGUGCCAGUGCCGCCCGGGAUUUAUUCUGAACCAAGAUAAGAAAACCUGCAGAAGACCAGACUACUGUGCCAUGUCCAACCAUGGCUGUCAGCAUGAGUGCGUGAAUAAUGAUGACUCCUUUGUCUGUAAAUGCCGCAGUGGAUUUUCUCUUAACCCAGACAAGAAAACUUGCAGAAAAAUCAACCACUGUGCUCUGGGCAGGAACGGAUGCCAACACGAAUGUGUCAACACCGACAACUCAUUCAUAUGCCGAUGCCACAAAGGUUACACUUUGAACCAGGACGGGAGAACCUGCAGAAAAGUGGACCGCUGUGCUGAGACCAGCCAUGGAUGCCAGCAUAUCUGCAUGAAUACCGAUGAUUCCUUUAUUUGUCAGUGCUAUGAAGGGUUUCUCCUAAAUGAAGACCUAAAAACCUGCAGGGCGGUGGACCACUGUGCCUCGAACAACCACGACUGUGAGCACUUGUGUGUCAAUACUGAAGGCUCCUACACUUGCCAUUGCUUUGAAGGCUAUGACCUCCGAGAUGAUAAAAAGACAUGUAAAAGUCGAGAUCUUUGCAAGUCACUUGACCACGGCUGUGAGCAUAUCUGCGUCAACAGCGAUAAUUCCUACCUCUGCAAAUGUUUUGAAGAAUACAGCUUAGGAGAAGAUGGAAAAAGCUGCAAAAGUGGAAAAAAAUGUGGGGAAGGGCCAGUCGAUUUGGUAUUUGUUAUUGAUGGGUCCAAAAGCCUUGGAGAAGACAACUUUGAGAUUGUAAAGCAGUUUGUCAAUGGGAUUUUAGAUUCCCUUGAAAUCUCACAGAAAGCUGCCCGCGUGGGACUGAUCCAGUAUUCCACACACGUCCGCAUGGAGUUCACAAUGGCUCAGUACAGCUCAGCCAAAGAAGUAAAAAAAGCUGUUUCUCAGAUAAAAUACAUGGGCCGAGGCUCCAUGACUGGACUUGCCUUGAAGUUGAUGCACGAGAAAAGCUUUUCAGAAGCGCAGGGUGCAAGACCGCGGUCUAUGGGUGUCCCAAGGGUGGCGAUCGUGUUCACAGAUGGUCGAGCUCAGGAUGAAGUGUCGGAGUAUGCAAGAAAAGCCAAACAGAGUGGUAUUACCAUCUAUGCCAUUGGAGUAGGGAAGGCAAUAGAUGAAGAACUACAAGAGAUUGCGUCAGCUCCACAGGAGAAGCACGUGAUCUAUGCAGAAGACUUCAGCGCAAUGGGGUACAUAACAGAGAAGCUCAAAUCCAGCAUAUGUGAAGGUUGGAGUAAAAAUGCUGACAUUUCGAAUUCAGAAUUUUCUUCUGAGCUCAAGAGUGGGAACAGUGAAGUCACAGUGUCAUGUUCUAUGUCCACCAUAAAGUUGACUACCCAAGCGGAAGGGGGAGUCACAGAGGAUGAGUGCAAGUGUAAGAAUGUCUUGGACUUUCAAAGCAGCGCCACAGAAGAAGUCAAGAGGCUAAAGCAACAAUUGGUAGCAGUAACACAACGACUGGAACGUCUGGAGAGGAAAAUGGGUCAGCAAUAAGAAUAAAUAAGAAUAAACUGGUCAAGACUUUAAACUGCCAACUGAGCAGAACCAACGCAGCACAAGGGAAGCGGCAAAACAAAGUCGGACUUUUCAGCACGACUCUCCAGACUAGAUGAGUUUUAUAGUGCGCAGCAAAUCUUAUUCUAUUUAUAUAAAGAUAGGAUUGCAUGUGGGAAUCCAAGAAGAACUACAACUAAGGCAUAUUUGGUGCCACUAGACUGAAUAAAGAAUAAAAUUAAGAGAUUAAGGAACAAUCGGUCCUGUGGCCCAAAGUCGGUUUUGUAAAUCAAAGAUUUUUAGCUUUUGUCUUGUGGUUUUAUAAAAUAUUAAUAAUAAAGUGUCAAAUAUUUUUAAAAA